UGCCCACGGCUUUGACCCGUGUGCACAGCGCUCACGCACGCGCACUUACGUGCAUACCGCUAAUCGCGCUGUACCGUUUUUCCAGUUUUUCUGAGAGCGGCCGAUCUGACCCCGCGGUCCGGGAUGUCCGAGCUGCCCGCAGACAGCAGUGUCCCACCGAAGGGCGCGGCGAAUGACAACGGCGACGUCCCGCAGGCGGAGGUAGGCGGCGGGAGGCGGGAGCCGGCCCCAGCGCAGCCUGUGGAGGCCAGGGACUGUCCGAGGGCGGAUGCCAGGGAAGGUCCGACGGCGGCGGCCAGGGAAGCUCGGAUUGCAGAGGUUGCCCGAUUGUUGGCGGAGCCAGCAGAGGAAGAGGGUCCCGAGGGCAGACGCCGGUCCAGGCCCGGGAACAGCCCAGGCCUGGCUGCGUUGCCGUAUCUCCGCCUCCGUCACCCACUUGGCGUUUUAGGAAUUAAUUAUCAGCAGCUCCUCCGCCACUAUCUGGAACACUACCCGAUUGCUCCCGGCAGAAUUCAGGAGCUUGAAGGACGCCGCAGGAGAUUUGUGGAAGCCUGCAGAGCAAGGGAAGCAGUGUUUGAUGCCGAAUAUCAGAGGAAUCCUCAGAGGAUGGAUUUUGAUAUUUUAACAUUUAGUAUAACUCUGACUGCAUCUGAAAUUAUCAAUCCUCUGAUAGAAGAACUUGGUUGUGAUAAGUUUAUCGGUAGAGAAUAGUUUAGUGAUGAAACUACUUCAAGAACCUCUGCGUUCAAUACAGUCAUACCAAUCCUGUAACUUGAUUUUUAAAAGUCAAAGUAUUUGAGAAUAAGGCAAGGCACAGUUGAAAAAGAAAAGGAAGCUUAUCAAGAAAAACCAUCAGAAAAUAAAUAUAAAAAAAUAAAAACCGUUAUGACUCCUCUAA